AUGCUGCCCGAGAGUGAGAAUAACGUGGCCCGCGAGUUCUUCCUGCAUUUGGACACCGAGUGUCGGGGACAGGACGUCACAUUCACAGAGUUCAUUGCUGCCACCUUCGACCGCAAGCGCGGUUUGGGUGAGAAGAUGUGCCGAGCUGCAUACCAGAGUUUCGACAGGACUGGUGACCAGCAGGUGAGUUUGACGGAUCUCGCCGAAGGACGACUCAUCGGCCAAUUGACCUCCAAAGACCUGAAGCGUGUGCUUCGAGACCUGGGAGAAGAGCUGGACACCGUGGACUUCGCCAGUUUCAUGAAGAUGCUACCAGCCAUUACCAGCCUUGGAUUGGCCUUGGAUGGUGGCCUUGGUGGCCAGGGAGUUGAGGGGGGCGUAGGGCUUAACUGA